AUGACUUCGCAAUCCCAUGACACUUUCCAGUACAUCAAUGCUCCUAGUCAAUUGGCAGAUUUGAUAUCAAACACCAGUGUCGUUACCCAGGACAUUGAAUUCGUCUCAGUGUUGACUAGUAUAGAUUUUAAUCCAGUGUCAAGAUGUAUCUUUCGGUUUGGAAAUUUUGAGAAUAGCGGGUCGAAUGGUCAGUCCGAUCACGACUACAAUUGCAAAAUCUUGUGCCAAACUCCAGAUACCUUGAAUUUGACCAAGAUGACUUUAUCGCUGUUUUCACAGCAAUUCGACUUAGAGUUACCUGAUUCUAAAGAUGAAACGGGGUUUUGCAUAGAUGGAAUCUACCUAGAGCGCUUAUGUUUCGUACAUUGCAAGGGUAAAUUUGUGACUAGCAAGGGCAAAGGUAGCAUUUUUUUACAAGGUUUGAGAGCCGUCGAUUUGCAUGCGACGUUAUUCACCACUGGAUCCGUUGUUGAGUCUCAAUUGAUGAAAACGGUUGCCCACAUUUUUGAUCAACUCGUAAUAUUGAACAAUGUGGCACGGGCGCCGUUCAAAUUCGUGAAAUUGUUCAAUUACGAUAACGAAAUGAAACAAUUCAUUCAAACCCGUCAGGAAAAGUUACUCAUUGGGCGGAGAAAUCCGUUAUUUGGAGCAGUGGCUUCUGCUGUGGACUCCCAAGAUGACUUUAAUUCUUUGGCAGUUGAGUCACAGUUUUUGAUAGAGCCCGAACUGGAUGUUCCAAUGAAAUUACCAAAGGAUGCAUUUCUCAACACACCACAACUUACGCAAACAGUUGAAGAACCGUUUUAUUCAUACGCCGAGCGGGAUUCAAACCCGAUACCAGUCUUCGAAGCACAGUUGGACCCUUUUCAUGGUACAAAUUCUCAAAAUACUCAGCAAUCAACUGCUUCUACAAUUGACGAUAGAAUGCUCGAAGGGUACGCGCCGGAUACAGAGGCCCAUGACUGCGACGAGGGUGAAGCAGCAGCUACGAAGCGUCGUCAAUUUACAAGUAUCACAGCUCAUCGCUCCGGUGAGUUCAAAAUCAUAGGCGCUACUUCUUCAGACGAAUUGAUCGCUCUCGAUGGCACAUUUGUAGCUAUUUUGCCCAACGAAACGGGCGACGCGGAAGCCUGCGCAAUAGCACUAUUUGUUCCCUCGCAUUACCUAGCAUCUCAUCCCUUCGACAAGGUCAUCAACCCAUACAAGAACUGUUACCAAGUGGUUAUCCAUCGACGACACCACACGUUGCGCGAUCUCAAAAUAGAGCCACUUGCGAAGUCGGCCGAACUUAUAACCCGUCUGCGCGAGAUUUUGCUGGACAAAAUCGUUCACAUCACAGUAGCGAAGGACACGUUACGACUGGAAGCCAAUUAUUUUACAUUUGCAUGGGCGCUACGUUCGCUGCGGUUCUUGGAACAAAGGCAACCGCUACCACCGACGCGGUUGCCAAGCAAGCGAUCAAAUAAAAACGAAGACAAAGAUCCGCUCAAAACCUUGAGCGAGAUAUCGGUGUCGCUAGCGGGCCAAACCGAAUUUAUAAGGACGUUCGCGUUGCUUGUCGGAGCGAAAGAACGAGGCGGCGGUAAAAUGUGGAAAUUUGUGUUCACCGAUUUCACCUCGCACCGACUGAACGGACAGUCUGCGUUUGACUCUUUUAUUGGCAACUACGACAACCGGCUGGAACAAGACAGGGCGUUCGUGUUCAUAAUGUAUCGGGACACACUGCGACGGUUUUCCGCUGCAUUGUUAAACAAACUCGGUUGCCGUUUCGAGGACUUGUUCACGGGCAACGAUCACAACCUGACCUACCGUGGGAUCGUAUGUCGCUUGUGUAUCAAGGCCAAGCUCUACAACGGCAGUCUGGAUGGAAUUAUCCGCGAAUGCGAACCUGUGCGAUACAUGGAUCCGAUUGAAGCCGACGAAGUACCGUUCUUGGUCCAAUUUUACACCCGAUGUCUGCAGAACGUGCCAGAACACAUUCUGGCCGCCAAUUUCAACAACUACCGUGAAUUUUGGCCUUUCCAAAUGAACAAAGAUCGGGUCUCCAUGUCUCUGCGUUCCCAGAAGGGUAUGCAAGACCUACAAAUUCCAGAACUGCAACAACUAAACCAACUCCAGGCAGAAAUGCAGGCAGCUCUGCCUGCAAUUUACGAUACCACGGCCAAGAUCGUCGCUAUACACGCAACUAAGGAAACGCUCGUUUUCCAUCUCACUAACGACUUAUUAUCGUGCGAUUUACUAGACCCCGCGAGAACUCUGAAAGUCGCAAUACGGGGCAAGGACAAAGUCGAGAAUUUCCUGGCAAACACUACAAGUGCCAAACUAGACCAGCUACAGAACAAAGUCGUCCAGUGUCAGUUAACGACUUGGCUUGAACCGGUCACGUGCUCUCAUCGACUACUCGUUAAUUGGACUUUCCCACAGGGUUUUGCUUUAAGAACUUUCUUAACUCAACUAGGACAGCCGACGGUGAAACAGGAAACGUCGAUAUUGUUAGUAGAGGAGGAGUAG